GCAGCUCUCCUCUCUGCUGGCUCCUGCACAAGCAGUGGGGGAAGAUAAAACUGAGGAUCGUGAUCGCCUUUAAUACAUUGCCUGCUUCUGCGGAGGUGUUGCAACCGCGACAAGGCUCCAACACUGACCAGCGCCCACCCCUCCUCGAAAAAAAAACACCGGCAGCGCGCUGCAGGACGCGUUGCUGUGUGUCUCUUCUCCUCUCCCUUAAGUGUCCCGCAGUGAUAGCAGCGCACCCCUGUUGAUGCUCAGUGUAUCCUGAGAAGCUCGGGCAUGCCAUCUGUCUGGACUGAAAUCAGCUUCUCUGUAUGAGGGAAUCAAAGUUGCUGCAAUGGAGACUUCCGGGAGUGAUGAUGCGGCGGUCACUUACUUGGGAAAAGCUGAGGAAAGAGAUGGAUAUUGUGAAAUGGAACAUCUUCCUCCGCUACUGGAGGAUGAGGAGAAUGUGUCCCUGGCAGACAUCCUUUCUUUGCGGGACAGCUGUCUCUGCGAGGAGGAGGUGUGGGCGGUAUGUACCGAGUGUGUUCUUGCCCUGCAGAGCAUCAGACCCUCCCACCUCUUCCACACCCUGUGUAUAACACCCGACACUUUGGCCUUCAACGCUCAUGGGAAUGUUUGCUUUAUGGAGCAGCUCAGCGAUGAUCCAGAGGGCUCCUUUGUGCCUCCCGAGUUUGACAACACUGGCAGUACAUUUGAGGGCCAUAUUUAUUCUUUAGGCUCUACGAUUUCUGCUGCACUGAGCUUUGUCAUUGAGCCAGAGCUUGAGGCAGAUCUGGGAGAAGAAAUCCAGAAGAUGUUGGAGCAGAUGCAGGAGGAGCAGCCUGAAGACAGGCCUCUCCUGCAGGACAUCCUGUCGCUGGCUGAAGAACGGCUGUCUCAUACCUCCUCUGCAGCUGUGUGCCGGAAACUGUCUUCUGUUGGACGACGUGUUCUCUCCAUUGAAUCAGUUUCAAACUUUCAAGAUGGACUGGAAAGCUCCUGGGAGGCAAGAUGGCAGCAUUCCAAACCUAGAUGUCUUCUAAAAAGACUGAGCUCAGAUGAUAGGAGCAAAGAUCUGUCUGACAGCUCUGUUACAAACAGUCUGUCAAGGCAGCAGGUGUGCGGGGGCUGGGAUUCCUCUCUCUGGGCCGAGGACAUGGAUAGCAGUGAGGGAGACAGUAUGAUCUUGACAGAUGAGAUGGACUGCCGGUCUCACAACAGCUCCCCAGUGAGAAGGAGAGCCCAGCAGAGGCUGAACAGAGCGAGAGGUGCCCUUAAUCGCUCCUGCUCUGUUCCUGACUCCAACAACCCUCCCUGUCUGUCUACCCCACCUCACGGAAACAUCAGCAUACCUGUUUCUGACCUCACUGAGAUAGGGGCAGAUGAGCACAUGAGCUGCUCGUCUAUGUGGAGUAACAGACUUCAAAGACUCAACCGGGGAAAGUCCUGUGAAUCUUAUCCACACUGUAGUGCCAAGGUGAGCAGGGAAGAAUCUUUAAGAAACAAGGAUUUAGAGACUUGCACCAUAGAAACUAAUUUACAAGAGUGCCAUGAAAGACACUGUAAAGACAGUAUCCAAGACCUGGAAACUUCCUGCACUUCUUACCAAGAGCUGGAAAUGGAGCACGACUCUUCAGAGAACCACAGCCUCUACAUCACCAAUAACUACAUGACCAAAAGCAUGUUGUGCCUGAAUGAAGAAUCUCAAGAUGAGUGGAUCUCUCUGAGAGAGUUACUGACUCGCUGUGGACGGAGACUGACUGUAAAUGAGCUGUGGGCUUUAUGCUACACCUGCCUGUCAUCACUGCAAACCUACAUUGACUUUCCAGCUUAUUUAUGCCUGGAUACAAUGUAUGUGAGCUGCGAGGGAGAGGUGCUCUUUCUGAAACCUAAAAACAUAGGAUCCCAAGAUGAUUUUUAUCUUGCACCUGAGUAUCAAGAACAUGGUAUUGUCACUGAGAAGGUCUGUGUUUACGGGGUUGCUGCUAUCCUCUGGGCCACAGCCAAGUUCAGUUUAUCACCUAAUCAGAAGCUGGCAAUGCCUCGUAAACUGAAGAGACUGCUCCUGGAGAUGGCUAAGAGGACGCCCAUGGAGAGACCUACGAUCGUAAUGGCUAAAAAAAGUUGUCGUGACAACUUAUCACGCCAGGGGACCAAUGCUGAGACCAUCUGGAACAACCUCAUCAGCAGAAUUCAUCCGCCUGCCCCAAAAUCCAGUGAGGCAGAUGAUUUAAGUGGAAAUGAAACUCAACAUUGUUCAUAUGAAGAAUCUGCCCAAAACAGUGGCUUUGUGCCCUUGGCCACUGAGAGCCGAUUGGCUCCUGUGCCUGGCCCUGUUCCCCACAGCUAUCCUAUCACCAAGAAAAUGCCGUUCCCAGAAGCCUUCACUUCCACCGCCACACACUUCACCCCCAUCAUCUUGACCGUUGAAGAGGAGACACAGACAGAGGAGGAGAGGAGACGCCUAGGAACUGUCCCUGAAGGGAAUACAGACGGAUUCACAAAAAGCAGUCAUCAUAACAUGGAAAACCACCUGGAUUUCCCUUUACCCUCUGAGCAUGAAUGUCCAACACAACCUAGUCUACAGACAGAACAGUUGACUCCAUGUCAAACCAUUAUUACUACUACAACUUCCAGCAACAAGAUGGACUGUCCUUCAACGCUUUCUGAUAUUUCCCUCUUUGAAGUCUCUCUUCCUCUGCCAUCAUCUACAAACCUUAAUGGUUGUGGUAUUUUCAACAAUUACCUCUUUCGGCAGGAUCCCACAACAGGACAUCUUUCUUUAGUACCUGUGCAGGUCAGGGCACCCGAGUCUGUCUUUGGGUUGGAUAUAAAUCUUUCUUUGGUCCCACAGCCUUUGCAGGAACUGAUAGCAGUGCCCAAAAGCAAUGAUGGUCUGUUAAUGCAGCGUGCAGAUGUGCCUGUGACGCCUGGAGCCCAGGCAUAUGACUUACCAUCAUCUAAUUUAAGUAGUGGCUCAAUCAUUUUUGACAGCUCAUUGGAGCACACUGUGGAUAAAGUGUACAACGGACAAACACAUACAAUACCACAAGGUGAAAACCAGCCUGCAUCAAAGUCUGCCCCCCCGAAAGUCCAUCCUGCCCUACAGGAGGUGAUAGACCUGAUCAAAGGAGAGUUUUCACUUUGUGGAUAUUUAGACAAUGGGCAUGAAGACAUCGCCAUGGGGGAGUACAUCUUUUCUUUGAAGGACCUCCAACAUCAUGUGUUUGCCAGCAUUGUGAAGGAGAGAUUCAGUGAUCUGUACUGGGAAGAUGACUUGCUGGGUGUGUUACAUUGCCUGGUCAACUACAGUCCAUCCACAUGUGCCUCUAAUGAGCAGUCUCCAUCAAAGGCUGUGAAAAGGGCAACCCUCAGCCCACCCUUCCCAGCCAGCAUCUGCAGAGGGAAGAGAGAAGUUUGCCUGCACAGAUGUCUUGACCUGAAUGGAAACAUUCACACAUCCAGACCUGUUGGUGUGGAUUCUUGGAAAGGAAUCGAGAGUCGCUCCUGCAAUGCUGGAAAUGAGAUCAUGCUUGAGGAUGCUGAAUUAAGAUCAAUGCCAAGUCGAUGCUGUGUACAUCAAGGUGUGAACGUUGACAGUGCCCACACCAGGGUCAUGGAGGGAGGAGAUCAUUCAGCGGGUGGCAGCGAUGAAAGCCCCUCUGAAGCUGAGUUUCUGUUAGGGAGAGAGGAAGGGCUGAUGGGAGCUUACGACGAGCAGAUGAGUCCGGUCUGCUUGGAGGACAUGGAGGACAGCGACUCCUUAGUGUCAGAGCGGCUUCUCUGCCCUGGAACCAGAGCAGGCAGCAUGGGCCUCAACUUCAGCCCAGCUUGGGCUUUGGCCUUCUUUGGAGAAGACUGUUUUAGUCCAGAGAUGAUUGAGUAUGCAUUGAAUCUGGGAAAGUACACAGGAUCGCCUAGUCUGGAUGUAAAAGCACAGGAACUGCAGCAGCAGCUGAUCAUUGAAACAAGGAAUCUAAAGAAAACAAAAAAUUUCUACCAAAAGCUGCUUCAACAAGAAAGAAAAAACAAAGGUUCGGAGUUCAAACCAAUGCUCUCCAAACUCAAGUCGCAGCUGGAAGAACUCAGAUCCAAGGUGACCUUCUUGGAUUGUGUGAAGAAAUACCUUGAGAUCCUGAGUGUGGAUCAGUGGGGUUUGGAGGUUUCAUUACUGCCCUCUUUGGCCAUUUGUGGACGGGACUCUUUGGACCUUCAGUCCUCUGAGGAUCCUUCUGUAUUGAGCUUUGGCACCAGCAAAGGAAAGGUCACUCUACAGACUGGGUCUCCUCUGGGCCUCAUGGCUUACCUUUACGCCAGAAAUGCUGCUGUGGAGGGCUACAUCCAGCAGUUCCUGUAUUCUUACCGUUUCUUCUGCACUCCUGAACAAUUAUUGCAGUUUAUAAUGGACAAAUUCAGCAGUGCUGCAAGGGAGGGUCCAGAUAUGUCAGGGAACAGUGAAAGGAUCUUUCAUCGCAGUUUGGACCUGCUGCAGCUCUGGGUAACAGAGUGUAAACCAGUGGACUUCACACCUAAAUCCAGCCUCAUAGAUAAGUUAGAGAACUUUCUAAACACUGAGGUGAUUCCCAUAGACAGCCAAGGUGAGGCCCUUCUUACUGCCCUCCGCAGCCGUCAAAGCACGAAUACGCAACGUCAAGUGAGAGGAAGCCUUAUCAGCUUUGAUGAAGAUGACGACUCUGUGUGUUUGCAUUCAUCUACUGAAGAUCUUAGCAAGAAGUGGAGGAUCUCAAGAGUGGUGGAGCCCUCUCCUUCCAUGUCUAAAGAGAAGACCUUCUCCAUAGCUGCAGCCCUGCCCAUGCCUUGCUACGGCUCCCUGAUGCAAGACCUCUCCAGCAUUUGCCUGCAGAGUGAAGAGCGGCUGCCAUUCUGUCAAACUGAGUUUAGCACACAGAUUAUUGCUCAACAGCUCACCCUCCUGCAGCAGGAAAUAUUCCAAGGAUGCCAUCCAGUUCAUUUCCUCAAAUCAAGAAUACAAGGAGUCAGGGACAAAGUUGUGAGCGCAAACAAGAAUGUGUUGCAGCAUAUCCCACCAGCAGAGGGCAGCAGUGUGCUUGUACAUGAGGAGACUCCAUCCAACAGCUACCUUCAGCGGCUGCUCACAUACGCUGACAGUGUCACUAACUGGAUCUCUGCAGAAAUAGUCAUCUGUGACUCUGUCAAGACACAAGUUGCUUUGCUCACCAAGUAUCUGUGGAUCGGAAAACUCUGCUACGAAUCCCGGAACUUUGCCACAGCCAUGCAGGUCCUCGGAGGUCUGGAGAACGUGAUUGUCAGGCAAUUACCAGCUUGGAAACAUCUGGCUUCCAAGGUGUGUGAGAUCCUGGAGGAGCUACGAGCUGUACAGGUUUUUCUGAAGAGUGAUGAUUUGUGUCUUAUGGGAGGAGAACACACAAAGAAGAAGCCCACACUGCCCUCUGUACACAUCCUGGCCAUGCAUGUCCAGCAGCUGGAGAUUGGUGCAUUCACACUCACGACUGGGGCUUACAAAUGGAACAAACUCAGAAGCAUUGCAAAGGUUGUGAGUCAGGUCCAUGCGUUCCAGGAGGCUACAUACCGCUACAGCCCAGACCGGGACCUGCAGGACUACCUGCGACGCCGCAUCGCCCGCCUCGCCACCUCUGACAUCCACCUCUUGGCUGCCGACAACGAUGCCAACUUUCAGCAGUCCAGUGACCGUCAAACGCGCAGGAUCCAUGACACGCUGAGGAGGGUGAAGGCCACCUUCCAGUGAAAGCUGCUUCAGUUACAUUUCCCAUCGCUGAGUUCAAACAAAACAACCUGGUCAACAGCACAUGUCCAAGCCCUGAUGCUUCUGUGUCUUGAGGGACAACAAAACUUUUUAUGAUGUUACAUGAAGUUUCCUUCCCUUAAGUCUGCGAUGAUAACUCAUACUCCUCUGACUUGACUCCUCACUUCUGUUUGAUUUUGAUAUUUGCAUUCCUGCAUAGAGGCAAAAGUGUUAAUGUUUAUUUUUGCAAUAAUUACUCUGUUCACAGUGACAUUCUUAUUCAGUUUUUGUGUCCAAAACACAAAGUUUUUAAGUUGUUAAUGCCUCCAUAUUUUCAUACUUGGACUAAACAUGGCACAUGGUAUAAAGAUAAUCUCCAACAGGGAGAAGAUAAACAACACUGACAGACCACUGCAGGCACCUAAAACGAUGUUGUGGAAGCACAAUGUUUUAAGAGUCACGGUUUAUAACUCAGAACACCACUUUGUUUCCUCAUUAAAAUAUCAGACCUGUUAAAGUAAAUUUGUGCAACUAUUCAUGUUUACUGAAGAAUAGUUUUAAUAAUCAUUUGACUGUUGCUAUUGCAAAGUGUCCUCUUUCAUUCACUGUCAUGUUGUUUGGGGGGGAACUGUAACAUAUUCUGUUAUCUGUCAACUUUACACAGCCAUCAUGAAGUGAAAAGCUUUUCUGCAGUUAUUAAUGUUUUGGUUUAUGACCCAUUUAACUUCAAGUGAGCAUGUCCGCAUGCUAACAUUAGCAUUUAGCACAAAGCCCUGAAGCUUUUGUGGUUAGCUUCAGAGAGCUGCUAGCAUGGCCUCUAAGGAGCGGAAAUAAGACUCAAAGUUGGCUCCAAAUCAUUUAUACUUUACUUUAUACUUUACGUCACUAUACUUUAUUGCAAAUGAGGACAAGGACCUGGGUAAUUAAAAAUGCUACCCUUUUUAAAGCUGCCUGAACAGGUUAUCUCAGUCAUGUCAAUUAUUGAUAUGAAAAGAACUCGACGUCUGGAUUGUGUCUGUCAGAAAACAAGUGGCAUAAUGCAGAACACAUCCAUUUAAUGCUUAUACAAAUUAUUAAAUGAACAUUACAGCCCAUGGUUUCUGAUUGUUAACCAAUUAGCAAUCUAAAUGAGAAUUACAUGCCUAGAGUGAUUAAUUAAUAUCUAAUACUGAUUACAGAGAAGCAGCGCAAAACGUAAUAAAUGCAUUUAUUUUUAACAGCAUGAAGGGCAAAGAGAUGAGCUCACAGUCGGGACAAAAUCUUACCAUUAAAUGAUAGAACGUAAUGAGAUGUCAGUGUGCAAAAUGUCAUUUUGAGGAAUGAUGUUCAGUCGGUGUCCAUUUUUCUAUUACCCUGCCAGCUCUCUCUUUCUCCUCCAUGGCUAUGUGCUGUGAAAUUCAUGGAGAUGGAAUGUGACAUGCUAUGAAGAGUUGCUUAAUUUAGCCAAAUAAAUGACAUUUUAUAAGA